CGAGUCGUUUAAAGACAAUGAAAAAAGUGCGUAAAAAGGAGUGUCGCGACGCGGUUGUGAAUUGAUAGUGGCUCUAGUGUAUAAUGUUUAUUGACUCCCCAGAGUAAAACUCGACAGGAUGGCUCUCGUCAUGCUCCCCUGCGACCUGCCGUGGUGGACCUCGGUGCAGCGGCAUCUGAAGCAUCUGCUGCUGGCUUCGUCCCCGUCGAAGCUCGCUGCCAGCAUGCUCAAAAUCCACGACAUGUGCAACAUUGGCAUAGACCCAGAAGACGAUAUCAAGGAUCCUGACUUAAUGAAAGGAUUAGAACAGUUCCUUACUGAAGAAAUGGGAGCAGAGGACCGUCGACACUUCCUAGAUAAUACCAUUAGAAUAAUGGUAAACAGAGCGUUGCAUUUGAAACGUUGGCGGCCGCCCAAAGGAUUAAUGUUUAGUUUGCAACAGCAGAGUGACGUGACUGAAUUAGAUUACAAUUUCGUAUCAUCUCUGGUUGCUCAUGCUUUCUUCUCGACGCUUCCCAAAAGAACGCUCAAGACGCAUCCAACUUUACAAGACUUCAACUUUACUCACUUUUUUAAGAAUUUACACAGAAAAUCACAAAUAAAUAAGUUAAAAAGUUUACUCCAUUAUUUUGAGUGGUUAGAUAAGAAUAAUAAUGAAGGAUCUAUCAAGAUAAGCCGACAGGUAAUGACCUCGAAGCAGUGGUUAACUAUCGAAGACUGGUUGGAGUGCACGCUCCCACUGUGUAAACUGCAGGUGCGGCACGAGGGCCGACCCGAGCGCUGUGAAGCCGAAGACGCGCUCCGCAUCUGCUUCGCCUCCAGCCGCGUAGGCGGUGACGCACUCAUCGACGGAGAUUCACAGGAAUCCCUGUCUAUGUUCAUGAUGCCCGAACUGUUACCUGUCAUGUUAUCAGUAGAGGCUUUGGAAGACAAUGAGGUGUUAAAAGUAGAAAACGUCAGAAUGGUUAGCAGAAUCCCCGAUAAGAAAAACAAAUCAAGUGUAGAAUUGUUAGAAGAACCUAAACCGGUCACGGUGUGUUUGAUGGACGCCGAAGACUACAGCGUAUUGCCGUUUAGCCAAUGGGAAGAAGACAAUGUGUUGCGUGAACUAAACAAGUGCCUCCUCGCCUUCCAGCAAUCUCCCAUGCAAUCUCGCGACACUCAGAGGCAUGAAAGGAGGCUGUCGCCAAUAGGGGAAUCAUUCAGUCACACACCACCCGAGGUGGAAGCGAGCGUGGUGAUCAAACAGGCGUCGUCGUGCAGCACGCUCAACAGCUACAACAGCCGGAGCCCCUCGCCGCAGCCCUGCGACCGCCGCGACUGCGCCAACACGCUCAACCUGAACGAUCCAAGCAUCGAAAUAUUAAAGCAUAAGUGUUGGCUGUCACCGGACGGUGCGACGCUGAACAACCGGCGGGGCCGGUUCAUCGUGCUGGGCUCGUCGGGCGAGUGCCUGCCCGUGACGCGCGCGCCCGCGCAGGACCGCGACCAGGACGACAGCCUCUACUCCAGCUGCGACUCCAGCGACGAGGAAUACCACAGUGCAAAUGAUAGCUUCGACUAUGGAAAAUAUGGUAGCGAAGACGAAGGAAGGGGUGAAAGUGCUCAUCCCAACUCAUUCCAGUAUUCUAAAGAGUUGUCCACCGAGGAGCGUCGGCAGAGCUUCGCGGGACGACUACGGGAGGCGCUGCAGGAGGCGCAGCCCUCGUGCACCACGAGCACCGGCGACUGGUCCAGCGACAGUUCCAGUUACGCCGUCGGCAUCAGCAUCUCCGGCGCAGAGCUCAACGACAACGAUAUAAGAGUCAAACGUGGAGGUUCCGUGGGAUUCGUAUUAACGGAAAAGGAAGCGAGCAACGGCAAUCCCUCGCCACGACACUGCGCGUUGGGGCGGAAGGAGACCGGAAAUAGCUCUAAAUACAGUUUCAGCACGGAGUACACGUCUGAACUAGAAGAAGUCUACGAACAAUUCAAUAAUUGGCUAAAUGAUCCUAUUAUUGAUAACGAAGGUGGUGAACAUAAACGUGAAAUGGACUCACGAGAUUUAGCCGUCAUAAGGUUCGCGGGGUCGCUGUUGAAGCGGACGUUAAGCGAGUCGCUAGCGGGAGGCACGGGCGCGGGCGCGGCAGGUGAAGCGGAGGCGGCCGAAUUGUACCCACGCGACGGACGCGACCGCGCCGCUCCACGCCGCCUUGCGCUUGCUGCGCGCUCGCUCUCUCUCGAACUGGCGCGCCACCGCCACCGGCUCGCCGCCCAGUUGAGACGCAAAAUAAAAGAAUCUAUACCGGAGAAGAUAAUGCAAAAUGAGGAGGCCAUGUGCUCCGAUGAUGAUACUGAAGCAGACAAUAGCAAAUGGGCGUCAGUUAGUAAUUCAACAGAGACGAACUCGACGCAACUGUCGAACAAGAAUGUUAGGAAGAAAAAAUUAAAUUGGAUGAUAAACAUGAUAGUUGAAACGAUCGAAGAAACCGUAGAAUGUGAGCCGGUGACGAUUAAGCUAAAAAAACCGAAGCUAAGCCAGCUGGCUCACAAGAUAGUAUCGGGCGGGUCGUGCCGGCCGGUGGCAACGGGCAACUGGGGCUGCGGGCGGCGGCGGCGCGGUCACCCGCAGCUCAAGCUGCUGCUGCAGUGGCUGGCCGCCAGCGUGGCCGGCGUGCCCGCACUCAUAUACUACACCUACGGCAAUGAAAAACUUUUCAAGUGCGACACACUGGUGCGCGUGCUGGUGGACCGCAAGUGGUCGGUAGGGCAGCUGGCGCGCGCGGUGCUACGGUACGCGCGCGCGGCUCUGCGCGAACCGCGCUCGUCGCCCACCGACCACUCGCUCUUCGACGACCUCAUCGGCAUUGACCGCACGCCCGACGACCUCUAGCAGCAGUACCUCGCGCUAUUUGGCGAGAAGUACAAGGAAUAUCCCUAGCCGAUUUGCUAUACCCGCCGCGGUAUUGUUCACAAGCCGCGCUUUAAGUUAUGCAUAACUUGAAAAAUACUUUCAUAAUAAACUUGGAAAUGGUUAAGAAAUUUUGAAGCAUAAUUAUCUGAACUCACACAAAAGUCGCCUUGUAUAUUUAAAACAGUUCUAGAUAAGCUCAAUGCAUUAUUUUUAACAUAA